CGCGAGGAAGUCGAGCUGCGCGUGAAACGUUUUCACUAAAGUCACCGAAAGGAGAGCAGAAACCUCAUUUGUAUGGAAGACAAUGGGGUCAUUAUCAUUUAUAAAAUGACAAAUUAUUAUGUUUACAAUGUUUUUAGACAUUAAUUAGCUAAGUCACGCCCAUUAUGGUCCACGUGUCCCCUACUGUCAUACAAAAAAUGUCUGUACAGAGCAAUAAUAAAAAAAAAUUCUUUGAUCCCGUUUUGUAUGUGCCUAGAUUAAAAAUGCACUUUUUGAUUCCAACAAAGCGCUUAUUUAGACAGGUGCUUUUACUUGCCAACAUUAAAGUGAGUGGGCACACUAAGGAUGUCUAAGCUUAUGAGGUGUUUCUCAGAUGAACCAUUUAUCCGUGGCCUUUACAAAUUUGGUUUAGGAAAGCAGCUCAGAAACUGCAUUGGCCUUUUGGGAAAAAUGGUUUUGAAUCCCAGGACCCCACUAAAUUAGAUCACUUUAGAUCAACCAACAUUAGAUUAUUUUAUGUUAGACCAGCUGACUGUGUGCGAGGAUACCAGUCCCCCUCUGAUCCAGCAGGAUUCCAAAGGGCCCACCCUGAAACAUUUACAACUACAAGGGACCAAACAAAAAGCUGAUCAGAUCGUUGAAACAAGCCGAAGGACAGACUGACACUCUUAACUGCAGAUUAGCUGACCAAUCAGAGAUCAGGUUCCACAGUGACCUGCUGAGUGAUGUCCUGUUGCUGAUCUAAGAGUUGAACCAGGAUCAGCUGCUAUAUUUACCUCAGAUUAGCAGUGGAGAGCAUUUAAAUACAAAACAUGCAACAGAAAACACGGACAACAUGUCGUUCAGCAGUGUUGCAGCAGCCGGUGCCCCCUGGAGAAACCACAGCUUCAAUCUGGGAGGGGGCAGGGACCCUCCUUUGUCAGACCAAGGAGAGACCAUCAUCGGAGUCUACCUUCUGCUGCUGGGUUGGAUGUCCUGGUUUGGAAACAGCAUUGUCAUCUUUGUGCUGUACAGACAGAGAGCCUCUCUACAGCCCACAGACUACCUGACCUUUAACCUGGCCCUCUCUGAUGCCGGCAUCUCUGUGUUUGGCUACUCCAGAGGCAUCAUUGAGAUCUUCAACCUGUUCCAGGACAGCGACUACCUCAUCUCCUCCAUCUGGACAUGCCAGAUUGAUGGUUUCUUCACUCUGCUGUUUGGCCUGAGCAGCAUCUACACGCUGAUGAUGAUCAGCAUCACCCGCUACAUCAAAGGAUGUCACCCAAGCCGAGCAUAUCUUGUCACUGGGAGCAGUGUGUUCAUUUGUUUGCUGCUCGUCUGGAUGGCUGCUGGGUUCUGGUCUGGGGCACCACUGCUUGGCUGGGGUAGCUACACAGACCGAGGAUACGGCACCUGUGAGAUUGACUGGUCUAAAGCCAGCUAUUCCAUCAUCUACAGGUCCUACAUCAUCUCCAUUUUCAUCUUCUGCUUCUUUGUGCCUGUGCUCGUCAUGCUCUUCUGCUACGUUUCCAUCAUCAACACAGUAAAGAGGGGCAAUGCCCUUUCUGCAGAUGGGGAUCUGACAGACCACCAGAGGAAAAUUGAGAGGGACGUCACUGUUGUUUCUAUAGUGAUCUGCACAGCCUUCAUUCUGGCAUGGUCUCCAUAUGCGGUGGUGUCCAUGUGGUCUGCCUGGGGCUUCCAUGUGCCCAACCUCACCAGUAUUUUCACACGCCUCUUUGCCAAGUCUGCCAGCUUCUACAACCCUCUCAUCUACUUUGGACUCAGCUCCAAGUUUCGAAAGGACGUGGUAAUUUUGCUGCCGUGUGCCCGUGAAGCCAAAAACAAUGUCAGACUGAAGCGGUUCAAACCAAAGGCAGAUGUGCACGUUAGGCUCUCUGCAGGAGGUGGAGCCAGACGCAAUGUUCCCCUCAACCGGUUGGAGAAAAGGUACUCGCCCAUGAAUCUGUCUUCUCAGGUGAUGGCCCCAGAGUCUGAGAAGGAAACCCCACUUGACCCGCCUCCACCAAACAACAAGUUGGUCUACUAUAUAGAUGUGCCCCUCCCCUCAGAGGCCAGCUCUGAGUCUGAAUGUGUGAGACUCUAAAGGACUCACCUGACCAGGAUGAAGAACUGGUCUUUAUCUCAGAGCCAAGCGUUGCCCCAGGCCAACAGGUGGACUAAUGCACUUUUACCUGAUUUCAUCCAUCAGACACCAAUGACUACUGGAUGUCCUGAGACUGAUUUAUUAUACAAAGCUGGGAGUUUAAUGAUCCCUGAGAAAUUAAUAAUCCAGUUUUAGUUUAUCACCAUCACCCCACCCUCCCACCCCAAACGGACUCAUA